GUUCAAAUCAUGACUUCAUGACCUCAGUAUUCCGUGCAGUCAUUUCAUCUCCAGUGUGCAGAUGCCUGAUUUAAUUGUGGACUAUGAUAUGUCGAGAAAUAUGUUCUCCAUUGUGCACCAAGAGGAAGUCCAAAAUAUUUCCACCAGUACGGAAUUUCGCUCACUGACUUAUCAGAGAGACACGACCGAGUUUCUAGACGCCCAAAUUUACAAUGGCAAAGAAGUUCAGAAUGAUGAAAUGCAGGGAUGGAGGGAAUUUACUGAUGCAUAUUGUUGUGAAAGAAAGGAAGUCAUUUCUCAUGAUGGUGUCAGGAUUCCUUUGACCAUCUUGUACUCUCGGAAAGCACAUCAGAAGGGUCAAUCUCCAGGGCUUCUACAUGGCUAUGGAGCAUAUGGUGAAUUUCUAGAUAAGAGCUGGUGUGCAGAUCGUCUGAGCUUACUUGAUCGUGGUUGGGUGUUUGCAUUUGCUGAUGUGAGGGGGGGUGGUGGUGUUGAUCCUUCUUGGCAUAGAUCUGGCAGUGGAUUGUACAAAUUGAACUCUAUAUAUGAUUUCGUCUCUUGUGGCGAGUACCUGGUUAAUGGGGGGUAUGUUCAUAAAUGUCAACUUGGUGCUGUUGGGUAUAGUGCAGGAGGUCUGCUAUUGGGUGCAGCCAUCAAUAAGCAUCCAGAAUUGUUUCGGGCAGCAAUUUUGAAGGUUCCAUUCCUUGACAUUUGCAAUACAUUGUUGGAUCCUAGUUUGCCACUCACUGUAUUGGACUAUGAAGAAUUUGGGAAUCCUCAGAUACAGUCCCAGUUUGACUCUAUCUUGAAAUAUUCUCCUUAUGAUAAUAUUUCUCGAGGCGUUUGCUAUCCGUCAAUGCUUGUGAUGGCAUCCUUCAAUGACUCCAGAGUUGGAGUUUGGGAAGCUGCCAAAUGGGUGGCCAAAGUAAGAGAUAAUAUGUGUUCAAGUUGUUCUUGUGUGGCCAUCCUGAAGACAAAUAUGAGGGGAGGACAUUUUGGUGAAGGUGGCCGUUUUGGUCAAUGUGAGGAAACAUCUUAUGAAUAUGCUUUCCUAUUGAAGGCCAUGGGGAUUGUUGACAAGAUUCUAUGACAAUUAUUAGAGUGGAAUUAAGAAACUUGCUUGUUUGUUGGCGUGACCAUUAUCUGACCCUGUAAUGAUAGAAGCUUCCCUUGUCUCCUCCACACUAUUUGUGAAGGCUACCCAUAGCAGAGUAGUGGUUUCUGCACCAGAGUUGCAGAAGUCACCAAUAGAAUCGCAGGCUUAAGGUGCUGUCCUUCAGAGAUUAAGGCGGUGCCAAUCGGGGUAAUAUCCAAGUCUCGUGCAAUGGGACACAUAACAGUUGUAGACUUGUUAGCAUGGAAAUGAUUAUGAAAAUGCAUUCGUGCAGAGUUUUUUAGCUGCAUCUGACCGAAAGAUGCAAUGUAUACAAAUUUUAAGUGGUUCCUGUUUCUAUUUAUGGAUAUGCCUUGGGCUUCUUGCCAUGUUUUUGCUUGUCCUACUGCACCAGUUGCUAGGGAUGAUAGUAUACCUACAUGGUUGUGGUGGCUGUGUUAAUGAUAAGACGCAAGUGUACUUGCAAAAUUGAUUUGUAUACAUGUGCAAUUUUCAGAAUAGCAAGUUCC